CCCUCUUACUCUGCUUGUCCAGUUUCAUCUACAUUUCUGAAUUCAUUCCUUUUGACCACGUCCGCGGAACCGAAAAGCGAGCGCUCGCAAAAAGAAAAUCAUGUCAAGGAUUGCUUGUGCCUGGGCGGAGUUAGGCGAGGAUGCUGAGGAUGCCUAUCACUGGUACGAAACCACGCAUAUACCCGACGCCCUGGUGAAGAUCAGGUCCACCGCCAGACACGCAGAGCAAGUGGAGGACAGUCCAUUCCAGGAGGUACCUGGGAUCAAUGGCAGGUUCAUGACCAUUUACGAUCUGCCAAAACAACCAAGCGCGAAAGACCUGGACACGCAGAUAUGCCCUGAGCUCGAGAAACUUCCGAACGAGGCGACGAUAGACACGCGGCUCUACACAGAGCAUAUGAACUGGGUUGGGGAAGAGUGGCGCGGAGAUCCCCGCGAUGUCCAAAUGUGGGUUGUAGUUCUUUGGCAGCCUGCCCCAGAGGUUCACGACGAAUUCGUCAAGUGGUUCGGGGAAGAGUUCACGCCCGGUAUGCUCGAGAACCCUGGAUUACUUCGCACGCGCAUCUUCAAGCUCGAAAACGCUUCCCUUAUCGAGGACCAGAAGCACAAACAAGUAGACAAUGCGUCAGUGUAUCAGUACAUGACGUUUUGGGAGUUCGAUAGCGAGGAACUGCCGUGGGAGAUUUUGGUAUACCUGGGGUCUUCAGAGAGGUGGAGACAUUAUGUUGAGGGCGGGCUUCUGUCUUGGCAGGUCGGACAAUAUCUGGUAAAUAACAUCUAUCCCGACAUCGAGGACGCGGACUCCCCGGCCGUCAUGGGGGCGAAGAUCAUUGUAACCCCGGUCGCACAGGAGACGUGAACGCUGUCGACACCGAAACUGAUGCUAAGUAGGAAUAUCAGGAUUUGGACGACGACAUCAGCCAACAUACCGGAAGGGAUCAGUUGGACGGAGGAAAUGAGGCGAUACCCGUGAUGAACAGCGGAUUUGAUGACUGGAUUGAGGACGUGGAUUAAUUGGAUCGGUUAAUAUGUUUCCUUUGGUACACGGCGUUUGAAUAAUACCCGAAUUGUUAUUUUCUAUGUACAGUUGCCGUUUCGGACAUUUGUGUGGAUGAUAGAACUGAUGAUCAUGCCAUAACACCAGGCUGCCUCAUUUCCGCAUCAUUUCGUCUUUCCCCGGGGUAUAAGGAGGGGUACCCGGUGUGGCAGUUG